AUGGAGUCGGAGAAAAUCAGCGAGGAGUUGAAUCCGAGUAGUACUAACUUGAGCAGCCAUGCGAGUUUGAGUGGAAAUGAGAAUGGGAUUGGGGAUUUCUCAAUGGAAAGUCAGAAUCUUCAGUGGGCUCAAGGGAAGGCGGGUGAGGAUCGAGACGUGGUUUCUGAUGAGCAUGGUUGGGUGUUUGUGGGGAUUUAUGAUGGGUUUAAUGGCCCUGAUGCUCCUAAUUAUUUGUUGUCGAAUCUUUACUCUGCUGUGCAUGAGGAUGAGGUUGGCUGCAUUGAUGGAGUUGAUAAGGAGAAUUGUACAGUGGAGAAUGUGUUGAGCAAGCAUUUGAGGAAUGAAAGUAAUGAGAUGGAUAAUAAGUGGGAGGAGAGUCAGAGGAGGAUUGGUUCAUUUACACCGAUCUACACAGCUACAAACCCCUCGGAUGUUCUCAAGGCUCUUUCGGAGGCAUUAGGAAAAACUGAGGAGGCCUAUUUGGAUGUUGCGAAUAAGGUGGUCACCGAAAAUCCUAAGUUGGCUCUGAUGGGGUCUUGUGUGCUGGUGAUGUUGAUGAAGGGAGAUGAUGUUUACUUGAUGAAUAUUGGGGAUAGUAGUGCGGUUUUAGCUCAGAAAGUAGAUCCCAAGAUCAAGCAAAACUUUGAAUGGAUUAAUAAGGAAACUUUAUGCAAGCGUCGAUCAUCUAGUGCUGAUGAGCUUUACAGUUUAAACAAUUUGACUUCGGUGCUGACAAUCGAUCACAGCACAAAUGUGAAAGAGGUAUUUUGA